CCAGGUUAACGAGUAGAAUGGAUGAGAAUAUAAAAAAAUUACAGAGCUAUAUUAUUUGUCCGGAAUUACCAAUAAAUAAUCCUUUACCGGACACAAUACCGCGACGUUACAAUGAAACACGCUUGCUACAUUUACCGAAAGGUUCUGCCAGCACCAAAUUAGUGCCACGUCGUGACUAUAUCACUGGUGCGAUAAUUGAGUAUGAUGAGAUAGAUUUGGAAGAUGUCGAUGCCAACGCAAGCAAUUCUACCUCAAUGCGUCGCGAACCUGGACUGUUGGAAGAGUCAAUUCGAGGUUCAUCGAUGAAUUUUCCAUUCUGGCCGGGUGGAUUUGAUGAACCACCUGGAGAAAUAAAAAAGCUAGGUGUUGAAUUCGAUUUUGGAUUAGAACUGCUGACAGUGCCACCAGGUUUCCCCAAAGGCUAUAUAUUCGAAGAAAAUAGAAUACAGUCAAAUUCAGAUGUUGCAAAUUUAAGAAAUAAUGAAAAUAUAAAUCUCUUAGAAAAUUUGGAAAACGACAUGGAUGUGAAGGAAUGGUUAAAGUUGACUGAAGAACCAACGGAAGUGCAUAGCGCAGAUACAUUCAACUAUUCAACAGAAUUUAAAGAUGUAGAGGAGCAUAUUAUGGGACCAGAUCUUAAACCAGUUUUGGAAAUUUCAAAUACAAACUCGAAAUCCACUUUUAGCAGCGAAUGGGCGGAAAUGGUUGACAUAUCACAUCCUAUUACGGACUUCAAAAAGAAAAUUCCAUGUCCCGCAAUGACUUACCCCUUUGAGUUGGAUGUGUUCCAAAAGCAAGCUAUUCUUAAAUUAGAAGAGCGGCAGUAUGUGUUUGUUGCAGCACACACAUCGGCUGGUAAAACAGUUGUAGCGGAGUAUGCAAUAGCCUUAUCACAGCGCGAUUUAACUCGUACAAUUUACACCUCUCCAAUAAAAGCAUUAUCCAAUCAAAAAUACAGAGACUUUAAAAAAACUUUUAAGGACGUUGGAUUAAUUACGGGUGACCUGCAGAUUGAUCCCACUGCUUCUUGUCUUAUUAUGACUACUGAGAUUCUUCGGUCCAUGCUUUACUGUGGGAGUGAAAUAACCAGAGAUCUCGAAUAUGUGAUUUUCGAUGAAGUGCAUUAUAUAAACAACCCAGAGCGUGGCCACGUAUGGGAAGAGGUAAUAAUAUUACUUCCAGAUCAUGUUAAUAUAAUAAUGCUAAGCGCUACGGUGCCCAAUACAAUGGAAUUAGCGGACUGGGUUGGCAGUACCAAGAAAAGGAAAGUGUUUGUAAUAAGUACACUUAAACGGCCUGUUCCUCUAAUGCAUUAUAUUUAUACUGGAUGUGGUGGUAAAAGCAAAGAUGAUAUAUUUCUACUGGUUGACGGGAAUGGUAAAUUUAUGCAAGAAAAUUAUGUAAAGGCGGUAGAACGCAAAAAAGAUAUGCAGGCCAAAUCAAAAGGGGGACAAAGUGUGCGGUCAGCAAAAAAUUUCGUUAGCGCUAAACAGGAUCAGAACAUGUGGAUUGGUCUAAUAGACUUUUUGAAGCGUAAUAACAAAAUGCCUGUAGUAGCAUUCACAUUAUCACGUAAUCGCUGCGAUAUUAAUUUACAGGCAUUACAAUCAGUUGACUUAAAUACUGCACGUGAAAAAGGUUCUGUACAGAAAUUUUUCCAACAAUGCUUACAAAAACUAAAACCACCAGAUCGCCAACUACCACAAGUGCUAUCCAUGAAGGAUUCAUUGGAACGCGGAAUCGGCGUUCAUCAUAGUGGUAUAUUACCCAUACUGAAGGAAAUCGUAGAAAUGCUUUUCCAGUCGGGUUUAGUUAAACUACUAUUCGCUACGGAAACAUUUGCUAUGGGUGUUAACAUGCCAGCGCGUACUGUGAUCUUUGACUCACAUCGUAAAUAUGACGGACUUGAAGUGCGUAAUCUAAAACCUGGUGAAUAUAUUCAAAUGGCUGGACGUGCCGGACGACGUGGUCAUGAUGAAAAUGGUACUGUUAUACUAUUGUGUAAAUCUCAAGUCCCGCCUUCCAUAGAUCUACGCUCCAUGAUACUUGGACAACCAGAAAAAUUGCAAUCACAAUUCAUAUUGCGAUAUGCCGUAAUUCUUACUUGUUUACGCAUUGAGAGCAUUAAAGUUGAGGACAUAAUACAGUUUACUUUCAAAGAAUUUAAUCAAAAACUGCAAUUACCAAUGCAGCAGAAGCAACUGGAAGUUGCGCUUGAUAAAUUCUCUCAACUACCCGAGCUGGGAGAACAACUACAGCCUCUGUGUCGCUUUUAUGAUCUCGCCCAAGAAUAUACUAUUGAAAAGCAGCGUAUCAUGAAAUAUUUACUAUCUCAACCUAAAAUAGCGAAAGAGCUGAAGGUUGGCCGCAUACUUGUGGUUACCCAAGGCAGACACUACAACAAAUUGGGUAUAUUACUUGCCAUAAAGUCUGCUCCAGGGAAAGAUACUGUCUAUAGAUUAUUGGUGCUUGACCACCAAUUCUCUUCAAGUGAUCCAAAGGAUAACAACCUUCAUCGAGGAGAAAUGUACUAUAAAAUAGUUUCGCUGACCCCACAGAACAAGUUAUUUCAGCCCGAAGGCAUUGGUGGCCAUUGUGUAAUUGAUGCAAAAGCCGCUGAUAUAGUUGAAAUUACAAAAAGCACAAUUAAAGUUGAUGGGGAUAUUAUAAUUCGCAAUUGGGAACAACGGCAAAUCGAACGUUUUAAGGACUCCCCACCGGGCGCAACUGUCGUUAAGGCGGUGAGUGAAUUACAACAACUUAAUCAAAACUACAUUGACAACACCGAUGCGGUUAAGUGUAUUAACCUCUCCAAAGAUGUUAAUAUAAGUGAAGAAAAUGAGUUGGUUCAAAUUCGCUAUACAGAAUAUUUGUGGAAACAGCUACUGACAUUGCUACCCCAUACAAAUAUUGCUGGGUUUGAACAAGAAUUCGCCACGGUUUACGAGCGUAAAGUGUUGGAACGACGUAUUGAGGAAUUGAAAUUUAAGAACUCUACUAAAAACCUCUCACUUUAUCCAGAUUAUUGCAAUAAAUUGGAAGUAUUACGCGCACUAAAAUACAUUGAUGAUUUGGACGAGGUCACGCUGAAAGGAAAAGUAGCUUGUGAAAUGGGACAGAACGAGCUGUUAAUAACUGAACUAAUACUAUGUAACAUGUUCAAUGAUCUUGAACCUGCUGAAAUCGCCGCAUUACUCUCGAGUUUAGUAUUUCAAGGAAAAAUCCAAGGGGAGCCGGUGAUUCCAGAAAAGUUAAAAAAAUGCGUUAAAGAGUUCGAAGAUAUCAACGACACUAUUUUAGCCGAAGAACUAAGAAACAAGACAAUUAUAGAAACCGAAAAUCGGCUGAACUUUGGAUUGCUCGAAGUAGUAUACGAAUGGGCACGCAACAAGCCGUUUGCGGAAAUAAUGAAGUUAACAGAAGUUCAAGAAGGCAUAAUUGUACGGUGUAUACAGCAAUUGGAUGAAACCUUACGUGAUGUCAAAACUGCAGCCAUACGAAUAGGUAAUCCCGCCUUGCAAAGCAAAAUGGAAGAAGCAUCAACUGCCAUUAAAAGAGACAUAGUGUUUACUGCCAGCUUGUAUACAGCAUUGUGAUUCCCAACGGAACGCGAGGUGUUCGGGCUAUAUCAACGAUCUAAGUAAUAAUAAAAAAAAAAAAACUCAUAUUUUAUAAAUAAUUUGUUGCUCUAAAAUAUAUCCAUUUGGCUGUAUUUUACAAAAUGUAA